AUGGAAGUGUAUACAGGAACCCAACCAGCUGGACCAUACCAAGUGAGCAAUAAAUCUCUUGAUGUUGUUGUCAGAAUGACAGAGCCCAUCCAUGAUAGCAAAAGAAACAUCACGAUGGAUAAUUGGUUCACCUCUAUCCCCUUAGCACGAUCACUAUUGACUGAUCAUAAAUUGACUCUUCUUGGAACUUUACGCAAGGAUAAAGUGGAAAUUCCACCAGAAUUUCUAACAGUGCGAAGACCUGCUAAAACUAGUAUGUUUGCUUUCACUAAAGACAUGACUUCAGUAUCUUAUAAACCGAAAAAAAAUAAAUCAGUUGUAUUACUGUCUACUAUGCAUCAUGACGAUAAAAUCGACGAAAGUACUGGAGAUGAAAAUAAGCCAGAAAUGAUCACCCUGUAUAAUGCGACAAAAGCGGGGGUAGAUAGUGUGGAUCAAAUGGUGGCAUCAUACGAUGUAUCAAGAAAUACUAGGAGAUGA